AUUGAAUAUAAACAAUAGAAUCGAAACCUGCGUAGAAACCUCGGCUUUCCGCACGCGCUUUGCAUUGUUCCUGCCGGAAACUUUCCUCUGCGCGACCACCCUCCUUCCUCCUCUUCUUCCUCCUCCUCCUCGUCCCCUCCCGACCCCCUGCUGAUAUUUCCUUCUUUUUUCUUUCUUUUUAGGUGAUUGAAGGGGGAGCCGGCACAGGCGCUUCCCCUUUAAAUUCCAGCUGUGUGGCUAGGAAACAGCUCUUCUCGUUGCAAAGCGCUGGGCUGGGGCUGCUGGUGUGAGACUGUCCUUCCACUUCCUGGCUCCGGCAGCCGGGAGAAGAUCUGAUCGCCCCGCCGAGUCCUCGGGGGAGAGAGAGAGGAAGGCAGAGGAAGGAAGGGGGCAGGCGGCGCGACUCCUCCAGACAGAGGGAGAGAGAGAGAGAGGCAGCCGCACAGCCGGGGGUACCUUUUGGCUCCGGUUUCUCGGCUGCCCUGGGAUCGGUAGCCUUCGCGGCAUGUGCAAGAGAAGGAUGGAGGUGGCUGGUUUCUAAAUCAUCCUGAAGACUAUUUCCAUAGUAACCUGCCGAAGUGGUGCAAUUUGAGCGAACUGAGGCUUUCUCUCCGCACUUCCAGGAUGAUAUCUGACAGAUUCACAGACAGGAUGUAACCUUUAAAAAUGGAAGCUUGUAUAGGAAGCAACAGAUAACAGUUGGAGCUUAAAGGAGCGGAUGAACAUUUCUCUUUGGAUGUAUUGUCUUUUAAGAACGAUAUGUUGAUUCAGAAGGUCCGAAGAGAGAAUCGUGAAAUUUAUUUCCUCUACCCAGUCACUGGAUUUUUAAACCAUUCCUUGGAGGUGGUGAAUUUCCACUAAGGUGUGUGAUGGAAAAAGCAGUGCGUCUCUGUGUCCAUAGCCCAUACGUUGUGGAUUAGUUUGGUGUCCAAGGUACAAAUUCCAUUUUGAGGGACAAGGAACGGAUGUGAUGGAUUUACCUUCAGAAAUGAGCAGGCAUGGAAGGAAUCCGCUCAGCCACAAGCUAGAAGAUCAGAAAAAGAUAUACACUGACUGGGCAAAUCACUAUCUAGCAAAAUCUGGCCACAAGCGGCUGAUCAAGGACUUGCAACAGGACAUUGCCGAUGGAGUUCUGCUAGCAGAAAUCAUCCAGAUCAUUGCAAAUGAAAAGGUUGAAGAUAUCAAUGGCUGUCCUCGAAGCCAGUCUCAAAUGAUUGAGAAUGUUGAUGUCUGCCUUAACUUUCUGGCAGCCAGAGGAGUAAAUGUCCAAGGUCUUUCUGCGGAAGAAAUAAGGAAUGGAAAUUUGAAAGCCAUUUUAGGGCUGUUUUUCAGUUUGUCUCGUUAUAAACAGCAGCAACACCAACAACAGCAGUACUAUCAGUCUUUGGUAGAGCUACAGCAGCACGUCUCUCAUUCUCCACCUCCUGCUGAUAUUGGCCAGCCCAAAACACAGCAAGAUAUGCAGUCCAGUCUGACAGCCAGAUAUGCAACUCAGUCUAAUCACAGUGGAAUUGCAACCAGUCAAAAAAAGCCUUCUAGGCUUCCCGGGCCCUCAAGGGUGCCAGCUGCAGGCAGCAGUACCAAAGUCCAGGGAGCCUCAAAUUUAAAUCGGAGAAGUCAGAGCUUUAAUAGCAUUGACAAAAACAAGCCUCCACAAUAUGCAAAUGGAAAUGAAAAAGAAUCACCCAAAGGUCCUCAUCCAUCUGCAGGCAUGAAUGGAAAUGUACAGCAUCCCACCAGCACUGGGCAGCAGCCGGUCUCUGCCAUCCCCUCUCCAAGUGCCAGCAAGCCUUGGCGCAGCAAAUCCAUGAAUGUCAAACACAGUGCCACCUCUACCAUGCUGUCUGUCAAGCAGCCCAGUCCCGCAACCUCUCCUACGCCACCUUCAGAUAGGCUUAAGCCACCCCUUUCUGAAGGGCCCAAAACUCCUUCAUCUGGGCAGAAAUCCAUGUUAGAGAAAUUUAAGUUGGUUAACGCUAGGACUGUUUUGCGGCCUCCCUUGUCAUCCAGUUCAGGUCCCAGCGACAGCGGGAGAGACGAAGAAGCCUUUUUAGAUUGUGGCGAAAUGGACGGCUUCAGCGGUGGUCUCAACAGUGGUGGCUCCACCACCAGCAGCAGCCCUAAAAUAUCACCUAAACUCACCCCUCCAAAAGCUGGAAGCAAAAAUCUCAGCAAUAAAAAGUCUUUGCUACAGCCAAAGGACAAAGAGGAAAAGAGCAGGGACAAAAACAAAGUUUGCACUGAGAAGACGGCGAAGGAAGAGAAGGACCAGGCCACAGAGACACCUGCAAAAAAGACCUCAAAAAUUGCAAGCCUGAUCCCCAAGGGGAACAAGGCUGCGUCAGCCAAGAAGGAAAGUCUAAUACCUUCAUCUAGUGGUAUACCAAAACCUGGAUCAAAAGUACCGACAUCAAAGCAAAGUACUUCACCGGCAUGUUCAGGAAGUAAAGAGGCGGAAAAAUUGAGGAGUGCAAAGGGGAACCAACCCCAGUCAACAGCAAAAUCGCAAGGUAAUGAGAAAGCAUGCACUCCUUCUGGUCUUCCCUCCUCUGAAGGAAAGGAAUCUAGUAUGGCUCUUACCCCUAGUUCGUCUGCUGCUCUCUCCAUUGCUGCAACUAGUGGGCAAGCACCAGGAAGCAGCAUUGUGCAACUUCCUCAGCAACAGCAAUACAGCCACCCAAAUACGGCCACAGUAGCACCAUUUAUUUAUAGAACUCAUUCAGAAAAUGACAGUACCUCUCUCCCACCUGCUGACUUCUGCACCAGUCCUACAAAAAUGGAUCUGGCAUAUAGCAAGACUGCCAAACAAUGCCUAGAGGAAAUAUCUGGGGAAGAUCCUGAAGCUAGAAGAAUGAGAACUGUAAAGAAUAUAGCAGAUCUGAGGCAGAACUUGGAAGAAACUAUGUCAAGCCUUAGGGGAACUCAAAUAAGCCACAGCACAUUGGAGACAACAUUUGACAGUACUGUGACAACCGAAGUGAAUGGGCGAAGUAUCCCAGGCUUGACAAGCCGAUCCUCUCCAGUGACCUGGAGGCUUGGACAAGCUAGUCCUCGUCUCCAGGCAGGCGAUGCUCCUUCCCUGGGUGGAGGGUACCCUCGCAGUGGUGCUAGUCGCUUUAUCCAUACUGACCCUUCUCGGUUCAUGUAUACCACGCCUCUUCGCCGUGCAGCUGUUUCUCGCCUUGGGAACAUACCCCAGAUAGACAUGAGUGAAAAAGGAAGUAGCGAUCUGGACAUUUCCUCUGAUGUUGAUGUUGGAGGAUACAUGAGUGAUGGGGACAUUCUUGGGAAGAGCCUCCGUGCUGAUGACAUCAACAGCGGUUACAUGACAGAUGGAGGACUCAACCUGUAUACAAGAAGCUUGAACCGAAUUCCAGACAUGGCAGCCUCCCGAGAUGUUAUUCAAAGAGGGGUUCAGGAUGUGACGGUGGAUGCAGACAGCUGGGAUGACAGCAGUUCAGUUAGCAGUGGCCUCAGUGAUACUUUGGAUAACAUCAGCACAGAUGAUCUGAACACAACAUCAUCGGUCAGCUCUUAUUCCAAUAUUACUGCCUCUUCAAGAAAGAAUGCACAUACCCAUCUGAAGACUGAUUCAGAGAAACGUUCAGUAACAGAUGGCGAACCGUGGGGCAGCAGCGAGGAACUGAAGAAAGCAGAGGAAGAUUUUGACAGCAACAUUGACGGCAGUGGCAAGUGGAAGGGCCAUCCCUCUGGAGCACUUGAAGAUGCUGAGAAGGGGGGCCAGAAAACCUCUCUGUCUGUCUCUCAGACUGGCUCCUGGAGAAGAGGCAUGACCGCACAAGUAGGAGCAGCGCCAUCUAGGCACAAAACAGGAACAAGCACUCUCAAGACGCCUGGAAAAACAGAUGAUGCAAAGGCUUCAGAAAAAGGAAAAACUCCCCUCAAAGGAGCUUCUAUCCAGCGCUCACCUUCAGAUGCGGGGAAAAGCAGUGGUGACGAGGGGAAAAAGCCACCCUCGGGCAUUGGCAGAUCAACAGCUACCGGUUCCUUUGGUUUCAAGAAAGCUGGGGUUGGCUCUUCAACCAUAAUCUCUGCAAGCGGUGCAACCAUAACAAGUGGAUCGGCUACCUUGGGGAAGAUGCCCAAAUCUGCAGCUAUUGGUGGGAAGUCCAAUGCAGGGAGGAAAACCAGCCUAGAUGGCUCACAGAAUCAAGACGACGGCGUGCUGCACGUGAGCUCAAAGACUACCCUGCAGUACCGAAGUUUGCCGCGUCCUUCGAAGUCAAGCACAAGUGGGAUUCCUGGCAGAGGCGGACACAGGUCAAGCACCAGCAGCAUCGACUCCAACGUGAGCAGCAAGUCUGCAGGGGCCGCCGCUACCAACAAACUGAGGGAACCUACGAAGAUUGGCUCAGGGCGCUCCAGCCCUGUCACCAUCAACCAGACAGACAAAGAGAAGGAAAAAGUGGCCGUUUCUGAUUCUGAGAGUGUGUCGCUGUCCAGCUCUCCAAAAUCAAGUCCAACCUCAGCCAGUGCCUGUGGAACACCAGGCCUCAGGCAGCCAGGUUCAAAAUAUCCAGACAUUGCCUCGCCCACAUUCAGAAGGUUGUUUGGUGCCAAAGCAAGUGGCAAAACUGCCCCUGCACCAAAUACAGAAGGUGCCAAAUCCACAUCUGCAAUGCCCAGCCCUAGUACCACGUUAGCUCGGCAAGGCAGCCUGGAAUCUCCAUCCUCAGGUACAGGUAGCAUGGGCAGUGCAGGUGGGCAGAGUGGCGGCAGUAGCCCUCUCUUCAGCAAACCCUCGGACCUGAAUACAGAUGUUGUAAGUUUAAGUCACUCCUUGGCUUCUAGCCCGGCGUCAGCCCACUCUUUCACGUCAGGCGGUCUCGUGUGGGCUGCAAACCUGAGUAGUUCCUCUGCUGGCAGUAAGGACACACCAAGUUACCAGUCAAUGACUAGCCUCCACACAAGCUCUGAAUCUAUUGACCUCCCUCUCAGCCACCAUGGCUCCCUGUCUGGAUUGACCACAAGCACUCAAGAGGUUCAGAGCCUGCUCAUGAGAACUGGAAGUGUGAGAUCUACCCUUUCAGAAAGCAUGCAACUUGACAGAAAUACACUACCCAAAAAGGGAUUAAGGUAUACGCCAUCCUCUCGGCAGGCCAGUCAGGAGGAAGGGAAAGAGUGGCUGCGUUCUCAUUCUACUGGAGGGCUGCAAGACACUGGAAGUCAGUCUCCUUUGGUAUCUCCUACAGCCAUGUCUUCAUCUGCAACUGGGAAAUACUUUUCCAACUUAGUGAGUCCAACAAACUUAUCCCAAUUCAAACUCCCUGGGCCCAGUAUGAUGCGGUCCAACAGCAUCCCUGCACAAGAUUCUUCUUUCGAUCUUUACGAUGAUUCCCAGUUGUGUGGCAGUGCCACAUCCUUGGAAGAUAGACCACGUGCAAUCAGUCACUCUGGGUCAUUCAGAGACAGCAUGGAAGAAGUACAUGGGUCUUCAUUAUCCCUAGUUUCCAGCACCUCUUCUCUCUACUCCACAGCUGAAGAAAAGGCACAUUCAGAGCAAAUUCAUAAACUACGAAGGGAGCUGGUUGCAUCGCAGGAAAAAGUGGCCACCCUGACAUCACAGCUGUCAGCUAAUGCCCAUCUCGUAGCAGCUUUUGAAAAGAGUUUAGGAAAUAUGACGGGCCGGCUGCAAAGCCUAACAAUGACAGCUGAACAAAAGGAAUCGGAACUCAUAGAACUACGAGAAACCAUUGAAAUGCUGAAAGCCCAGAACUCAGCUGCGCAGGCUGCUAUUCAAGGAGCUUUGAAUGGCCCAGACCACACUCAUAAAGAUCUGCGAAUAAGGCGGCAACAUUCCUCUGAAAGUGUUUCCAGCAUCAACAGUGGCACCAGCCAUUCAAGCAUGGGCAGUGGUAAUGAUGCUGAUUCAAAGAAAAAGAAAAAGAAAAACUGGGUGAACUCUAGAGGAAGUGAGCUAAGAAGUUCAUUCAAACAGGCCUUUGGGAAGAAGAAGUCCACAAAGCCUCCUUCCUCACAUUCUGAUAUAGAAGAAGUCACAGAUUCAUCUCUUCCAUCCUCACCCAAGUUACCCCACAGUUCCGGAGAUUGUGGGUCUACAUCAAUAAAGCCAUCCCAAUCGGCAUCCGCGUCAUCCCAAAUCUGGGCUCCAAAGAAAAGGCAAAACGGUCACGUGAUCUACAAACAUAGAUCCCGGAUCUGCGAAUGCACAGAGGCAGAGGCUGAAAUAAUUCUGCAGCUGAAAAAUGAGCUCAGGGAAAAAGAGCUCAAGUUAACAGACAUCCGUCUUGAGGCCCUCAGCUCAGCACACCAUCUUGACCAGAUUCGGGAAGCCAUGAACCGCAUGCAGAAUGAGAUUGAGAUAUUGAAAGCAGAAAAUGAUCGCUUGAAGGCAGAGACUGGAAACACUGCAAAGCCAGGCCGGCCAUGCUCAGAGUCCUCAAGCAGCACAUCGUCCUCCUCUUCGCGACAAUCUUUAGGUCUCUCUCUGAAUAACUUGAACAUCACUGAUUCAGUGACAUCAGAUAUUUUACUUGAAGAUGUUACAGAUGGAAGUCUCCAUAAAGAAGGCCAGAAUGUUAAAAUUAUAGUCACAAUAAACAAGGGCUAUGGUCGAUCCAAGGAGCAAAAACUGCAGGCAUAUUUGAUAGGAUCCAUUGGAGUCAGUGGUAAAACAAAAUGGGAUGUAUUAGAUGGUGUAAUCAGACGGCUCUUUAAGGAAUAUGUUUUCCGAGUGGAUCCAGCUACUAGCCUUGGUUUAGGUUCAGACUGUAUUGCUAGUUAUUGUAUAGGUGAUGUCAUUCGAUCCCAAAGCCAAGAAGUGCCUGAAUUGCUACCUUGUGGGUAUCUGGUUGGAGAUAAUAAUAUAAUCACUGUGAACCUUAAAGGAGUAGAAGAAAAUAGUUUGGACAGCUUUGUGUUUGAUACAUUAAUUCCUAAACCAAUUAGCCAACGGUACUUUAACUUACUGAUGGAGCAUCACAGAAUUAUCCUGUCAGGACCUAGUGGCACUGGGAAGACCUAUUUAGCCAACAGGCUUGCGGAAUAUGUGAUAACGAAGUCUGGCAGGAAAAAAAUGGAAGAUGCCAUUGCUACUUUUAAUGUAGAUCACAAAUCAAGCAAGGAUGUGCAACAAUACCUUGCCAAUUUGGCUGAACAAUGCAGUGCUGAUAACAGUAGUGCUGACCUUCCUGUGGUAAUAAUUCUUGACAACCUUCAUCAUGUUGGUUCUUUGAGUGACAUCUUCAAUGGUUUCCUCAACUGUAAAUAUAACAAAUGUCCCUAUAUUAUUGGAACUAUGAACCAGGGCGUUUCAUCUUCACCUAACCUUGAACUGCAUCAAAAUUUCAGGUGGGUGCUGUGUGCCAACCACAUGGAGCCUGUCAAAGGGUUCUUAUCCAGGUAUCUGAGAAGGAAACUUAUUGAGACAGAAAUAGAGAGGAGCGCACGCAAUAAUGACCUCAUCAAAAUAAUUGACUGGAUUCCGAAGACAUGGCAUCAUCUGAACAGCUUCUUAGAAACGCACAGUUCUUCUGAUGUAACCAUCGGUCCUCGCCUUUUUCUGCCCUGCCCUAUAGACGUUGAUGGUUCCAGAGUGUGGUUCACAGACCUCUGGAAUUAUUCCUUGGUACCAUAUAUUAUGGAAGCUGUGAGAGAAGGACUUCAGAUGUAUGGCAAACGAGCACCUUGGGAAGAUCCUUCAAAGUGGAUAGCAGAUACUUGUCCAUGGAGUUCACUGCAGCAUGAUUGGUCAUCAUUGCUUCAGUUGAGACCUGAAGAUGUUGGUUAUGAAGGUUAUGCAUCUGCCAAAGAAGGAACCACUUCAAAGCACAUUCCACAGACAGAUUCAGAAGGAGAUCCUUUGAUGCACAUGCUAAUGAGGCUCAAAGAAGCAGCCAGCUACUCCAGCACACAGAGCUGCGACAGCGAUACUGCUAGUCACCACGAUGAUAUUCUGGACCCCUCGCUUGAGUCAACUCUCUAGAGAGGAAUGGGCCUGGUUAUAUAGGAUGCUGGUUAAACUGUCCCGGCUUUAACUGCUGCAGUGCCGAAGCAGCGCCUGCCAGGGUGGCCCGAGAGAGAGCGUGAGUGCUGUGUCAUAUAUAGGCGGUCGACUUAUCUCUAGAAAGUCAGGAAAGCAAAUCAAAAUGGAAAGCUUGAAUUAGUUUAUUUUCAAGAGAUUUCAGUAUCAGUGGAGCUGAGUGAGACUCCAUCAAUCAACUGGAAAGGGCCUUUUAAUGGGAGGGGGAGGGGGGACAACUAAGCAGAUUGCACAUGUGUUAGCCAAACUGGAAUCUCCUUGGGGUUGUUUCUUUCUGUCUUUCUUCCUGUCUCAAAAGUUUACAAUGCAAGCCUUUGGUUUUUUUUACACUUCAAUUUACUACGAGGUGCUGCAUUAGUGGUCUUUGCGAUCCUGGUCCUCUAACCUCUGCCGGUGCCCCGUGGCACUCAUUACAAGACACAACGGUAGUGUUUGAAUUGUACACUGCUGCCCAUUCCAAAAUGAGUUGGAGAAAGAAAAAGAAAAUACAGAAAGCAAACUCCAUAAAAGCACAAAACAGUUUUGUGCAAUUGCCAGGAAAACGCUACUGUGAUAUAUGCUGGAAAAGUGCCAAUUUGAUACUAAGCUGCCAAGUUUGCAGUGAUGUGGUCCACCAAGGUUUCUGGGUUGUUGUUGUUGUUUUCCUGUACAAAUCAUCUGUUUUAUAUACAACUUGUUUUUAGCCGCGAGGGUAUUUUUUAAACACCUGCCCACCUCUUAACAAGGGUUUUUUUUACCAAUUCUUAUCUGACACUGAGUAAAGGCUUUCUUAGGGCUUCGUAUGUUUCGAGCCUUUUCAGUGGGGGGGAAAAAGAGAACAUUUCCUAUGGUGCUGUCUCACUGCCUUAAAACCGAUUUCUAGAACAAUUUUACAGUUGGUUUAAUUUGUUAAACCAUUGAUUAUUUACACUGUUUUCUUUCUUCAUUUACUAACGAGAGAGCAUCAGUGAACACAGUAGCCUCAUCUCUGUAUAUCAUGUUUUUUAACGAAGUGGCUAGAAGAACGAUCUAUUGAUAUAGAUAUAUAGAUAGAUUAUAUAUAUAUAUAUACAUAGUAUUUUUUAUCUUGUGUGAAUAGAUUACCAUCUAAAAUAUUCAAGUGACCCAGAAGCCACUCCUAAUAAUAAACAAUGAUUAAUAACAAAACCUGAGAGUUGGCUUAAGUCCAUUUGGUUCUAUGAAAAAGAGCUUAUUAAAAGAGAGGUGUUUUGGGGAAAAUCUUAUCCAGCAGAGCUGGGUGCACUUGGUGCAGCAUGAGCACAAAUAUUUCUUUAUUCUUUUCCCUUCCUCUUCAUUUUUCCCCCCUAGUUUGAAGCAUGCUGUUUUGAUUGCAAUUGUUGUACAUGAAGAAAUUCAGCAUUAUGACACAGUGAUUGUCCACUGUGGUUGAGAGAAAAGUUUAUACUGUAAAGGGGGAGGGGGGUUGGUUUUGCACAGUCUACUGGGAGGGUCUUGUAAUAUUAAAAAAAAAAAAGCCUUGCACAAAUGAAAGCAAACAACAGUGACAGCAACAACAAAAAUAAGAAACUGUAUUUUAUCUUGUUGGUGUUAAGAGAUGUUUCAUUUACUGAGAUUACCUGUAUGUUGCAAAAAAAAAUAUAAAAAAUUUAAAAAUAUCCAGAGCGCAAACCAUACAAUCUGGAGGUUUUUAAAAAUAUAUAUAUUUAAAAACAAUGGUGUGUUUGUCCUGUAUUUAGAAUUGUUAUGACUAUGCAGGAGCUAUCCAUGCUAGAGUGAGCAUGUUUCAAUCUACAUUAUAAAAGCCAAUACAUCUUAGGCAAAUACAAAAAUGUUGUAUAUCCUGGCAGACUACACCAGUUUGAAUGAAAACUGAUCAGAGUAAUUGGAUAUGCCGAUUCAACUAAAUAAAAGUAAUAGAAGGGCUAUGGCAUUGUGUAGAGAAGCAGUUGUAUACUUAGAGCCACAGUCCUGAAAUUGCCAACUCUGAGCACAUCACGUUCACUGCAAUAGGAUGCUAGUGGUUGCUUUCCAGAUCCAGCUAGCCAGUGAGGACCUUCAGGACAUGUAACUGGUGCUACAAACUCCUGUGGCCCAUCUACUUUAUAAAACAAAGUCAAGGAAAUCAGUGUAGUUUUCCUUGCUGCAGCACUGAAGCUACAGGUCCCCUGCAUGGUGCUAUUGCCCUAAUAAAUAAAACUCUGAUAUUAUGCACAAAGAAUGUAGUCUGAAGUCAGGCACCAAUCCUAGAUUACUUUCUCAUAUUGUUAAAUGACAUGCCACUCUCUGGCAGAUGACUAAAACAACAACUGCUCUUUAUGAUAUAUGUGGUCUGAAACAACAUAUAAGCAAACCCAUGAAUUCCUGCCAUUUUGACGCACACACACAAAAUACCUGUAUGUAUGUACCACAUAAUACAAAUUUCCCUGCAAUACAUCUCAAUGAGUCCACCUAGUUUACAACUUUAAAAUGUUUGUGAAACAUUUGUCUGUAUACAUUUUAUAUUUUGUACAUUUUUGAUGUAACAUAUCAUGUAAAUAGACAGAAACAGUGAGAUAAAUCAUCUGAAAAGUUUUGUAGUCUUUGUAAAGCCCUAAUAAUAAGUAUUUGGUGUCAUCAGACUUAACUGGAUGAUGUAUUUUCUAUUGAUUUGUUGUUCUUCUAGCUUGUAAACCAGCUUGCAUAUAUUUUUUGCAAGUGUGCACACUGUAUCUGUCUAAAUUAUUACUUUGCCAUUAAAGUGGAAUUAUUUAUUGACAA